AUGGCUUUUCUUGGGACCUCCCCAGUUUUGAGACAGGGAACCAGUUUUAGGGCAGGUUCAAAGAACAAGGUGACCCAGGGCCAUGGCUCCUCCCACAGCUCCCUGGGAGGGGUGGAGGGGACAGUGGGGCAGGUGCCACAAGAUGUUGCUUGGGCAUCAUUGCCAGCGAGAGUCAGCAUCAACUUGGAUUCCCAGCUCCCCAAACAUUAUGCCUGUGGUUCCCUCCUUUGGAAGGGUUGGGGUGGAGGUGAGGACAGGGGGUAUGAGGAGGCCUGUGGCCCUCGGCCAGCAGAGGGACCAGGCCACCAGCCCUUCCUGGCUCCUGAAUUCUUAAUCAGCAUAAAUAUUUACUUCCUUCCUCUCCUUCCAGGCUCUCAGCACAGAGGAGCUUUGGGGAGGUUGGACUGGGCCUGUGUCUAAAAAUAAACAGGUGGAAGGACAGGCAGACACAGACAGAGACAUAACUAGGGAGGUGGGGGUCAGGCAGAGGACAGCUCCCUGCUCAGGGAAAUGGAGGAGGGGACCCAAGGUCAUCCAUCACUGCCACCUACCUACCUGCAAGCUAGGAUCUAGGCCUCCCGAGGAGAAGAGUGGUGCUCUGGUCCCACCUCCUUUAUAUUGUUGGGAAUGCUUGAUCUGUGUAUGGUAGGGGGUAUGUGGCGCACAUAGAUCUGACAGCUCCAACAGGGACAAGUCACAAACCUGGGUCUUGAAGCCAAGAGUGGCCCACCCAUGCUCUGAUGAUGCAGGCCUGGGAGUGGUGGACAACCUCUCUAUGCUCAGAGACUCCAUGUUAGCCAUGCAUAUAUUGUAGGAUCUGGGGAUUUGUCCCAGCAAACAGGGGGUCUCAAGUGAAGGAAGGGACUAUUUCCUUUGUGCUUGGGGAGGUCUCUGCAUAAGCUUUGAAUUUGUAGGAGGUAGAGGGGAAGGAUGAACUGCAUCGAGUGGGUGAAGUUGCCAAGGGGCCUUGGUCUAGAGAAGGGAUGAGAGGGGACGUGGGGGUUGUCAUCCCUGUCCUAUUCCUGAGAAUGUUCCAGCAGCUCUGAAUCCCUAUAUGCACCACCAUCCUGGCCCCCCCCCCCAGGACACAAAUUUGGGUGCAAUUUUCCAGGUAACGGCCCACCCACCAUGUCCACCCUUUUGUAUUAAAUACAGCGAGUGACAGGAUCUCGUGUUAGUAGAGAUUUACAGGGUGCACCAGUCUUCAUGAACAAAGGCCAGGAAACAGUGGGAGUGUUUUCUCUGUGUGUAAAGACUGCUGCUGGGAGAAUGAAGUGUUGAACUUGGAGGGAUGAGCUGACAGCUUGGUCAGAGCAUCCUGAGUCCAUUUAUGUGAAAAUUACACCAAUGAGAAAUUAUAUGAAAAUUAUAGCAUAAGACAUAUAAUAGAAGAGCGUUAUCACCUUACUGUAUGUGGUUUUUAUGUACUGAGCUGGUCUACUCCACCAGCCCAGCUCUGGCCAGCCUGACCACAGUCCCCAUCUGCCCCCUGCUGGCAGCCCAGAGCCCUGUGGCUCCUGUUGGCUUGCGGAUGCUUCGCCUGGCCCCACCUGGGAAGUGUCCCCAGUUCCUUGAGGCCAAACUCUGCAUUACUUGCCUGAGACUUCCCUAUCAGCAGGCUGGGCUCCCUUGGAGGUGACAGAGCUACUUGCUGAGAAUAGACAAGGGUGGGCACAGAGGGGCCACUCGCAUUUGAUUGCUGAGGAAUAUCAACUGGCACCUUGAGGACACUCCUUGCCCACAGCCUGCUUCUAGGUCUUCAGACCCAGACCAGGCAGGCUCCCCAUCUCAAAGAAAUGACUGCGGGGGUGUGUGGGGGGGCUAGGAAUAUAGCUCAGAUGGUAGUGUGCUUGCCUCGCAUGUAUAAGGUCCUGGGUUCAAUUCCCAGCAUCACCAGAAAAAAAAAAAAAUGAAAUGACUGGUCAGAGGUCUGUCCUUGAGUCUCGUAGUUCCGCCACUUCUCUUUGACCUGAGGCAGUACCUCUAAAAUUCAGCAUUCAUGGCAGAAUGGAGGCCUUGAGUCUCCCCCAAAACUUGGAGGAAGUGGGCGUGGAGCCUCUGAAUAGGUGGUUGGUUCUUUCCGUAAGAACCUAGGGUCCAGAUUGCUCCCUCUCUACUCAUUUGGGCUUUUAUGGGUAUAGCUUGAGGAGGAGCCUGGGGUCAGAGUCACAGUACAGCUUCUGUCCUUCCCCAGGUUCCUGCCUAAAGAUCAGCUGGGUGUCCCCUUCUGCCUGCUAUCCCCUCCAACGCCAGCACCCCAUCACCAUGCACUCCUUGGACGAGCCGCUUGACCUGAAGCUGAGCAUCACCAAGCUCCGAGCGGCGAGAGAGAAGCGGGAGAGGGUGCUGGGUGUGGUCCGGCACCGCACUCUGCACAGGGAGCUGGGCCUGGUGGAUGAUAGCCCCACACCUGGCUCCCCAGGCUCCCCACCCUCAGACUUCCAGCCACUGCGAUAUCUGGACAGUGUCCCCAGCUCCUUCCAGUUCUUCCUACCCCUGGGCUCUGGGGGGGCCCUGCAUCUGCCUGCUUCCUCCUUCCUCACACCCUCCAAGGACAAGUGCCUCUCGCCAGAGCUGCCCCUGCCCAAGCAGCUGGUGUGUCGCUGGGCCAAGUGUAACCAGCUCUUCGAGCUCCUGCAAGACCUGGUGGACCAUGUCAAUGACUAUCACGUCAAGCCUGAGAAGGAUGCAGGGUACUGCUGCCACUGGGAGGGCUGUGCCCGCCAUGGCCGUGGCUUCAACGCCAGGUACAAGAUGCUCAUCCACAUCCGCACGCACACCAACGAGAAGCCGCACCGCUGCCCCACCUGCAAUAAGAGCUUUUCCCGCCUGGAGAACCUGAAGAUCCACAACCGGUCCCACACAGGUGAGAAGCCCUAUGUCUGUCCCUAUGAGGGAUGCAACAAGCGCUACUCCAACUCGAGUGACCGCUUCAAGCACACUCGCACCCACUACGUGGACAAACCCUACUACUGCAAGAUGCCUGGCUGCCACAAGCGCUACACAGACCCCAGCUCUCUGCGCAAGCACAUCAAAGCCCAUGGCCACUUCGUGUCUCACGAGCAGCAGGAGCUCCUGCAGCUACGCCCACCCCCUAAACCACCACUGCCCACCCCUGACAGCAGCCCCUAUGUUAGUGGGGCUCAGAUCAUCAUUCCCAACCCUGCUGCCCUCUUCGGAGGCCCCAGCCUGCCUGGCCUGCCCCUGCCCCUGGCCCCUGGCCCCCUCGACCUCAGUGCCCUGGCCUGUGGCAAUGGCGGGGGUGGCGGGGGUGGCGGGGGUAUUGGCCCUGGGCUGCCAGGUCCUGUUCUGCCCCUCAAUCUGGCCAAGAACCCACUGCUGCCCUCUCCCUUUGGGGCUGGUGGACUGGGUCUGCCUGUGGUCUCCCUCCUCACUGGCUCCGCUGGCGGCAAGGCAGAGGGGGAGAAAGGGCGUGGGUCAGUGCCCAGUAGGGCCCUGGGCACAGAGGGCUGCAAGACUCCCCUCGAAAGGACGGAGAGCAGCCGCUCCCGGCCAAGCCCCGAUGGACUCCCCCUGCUUCCAGGCACUGUGCUGGACCUGUCCACAGGCGUCAACUCAGCAGCCAGCAGCCCAGAGGCACUAACUCCUGGCUGGGUGGUCAUCCCACCAGGCUCUGUGCUACUCAAACCAGCUGUAGUGAACUGAGCCUGCUUACCUACCUACCAGCUAUGACAGCUCAGCCAGCAGCUCUUGGCCCCACCCUGAGGAACAGAAACUCUUCUGCGAAAUAGCAAUAAUGUCCUACUGCUCUGGGGCCUGGUGGUCUGUGCUCCCUGGGAAGCUGCAGUCCCAGAUGCAGUCCUUGGGCAGCAAGGAUGGUGCUAGAAGGUCAUUGUUGCCUUCCCAGGUCCCAAGUGAGGACUUGGUCCUGACCAUGCUCUUGGGUGCUGAGGCCUUGCUCACCCUCAGGCCCCUGUCCCACAGCUUCUGAGCCCUCUGCCCAUCCUCCACCGGACCCUUAGUCCUUGGUUUCCCACCCUGGUGCCUCCUUCAUCCCAGGGCCAACUUGAGCAGGUUGUCUUCCCUCACUUGCCCACUUAUCAGCCACAGAGGCCAGCAGCGACUGCUUCCCGUGUCCCAACACUGGGAGCAGGCAAAGUAGUAUCUGCCCUCCUGUUGGUCCAGACCACCCUCAACUUUAUGUGAUGUGCUGUGAGGAGCCCCCACGGGGCCAUAGCACCCAUGCAGGCUCACCCUAGACCCCUUUCCCUCUGGCCUACCCCCUGGAGGGAGAGAAGAUAAGAUGCAGACCCUGGCUAAGCCACAGGAAGAAGCCAUGCUGUUCCCCACCCAUCCCUAUGACAAGGUGCCUUCCUGCUCGCUAGAGAAGGGAGGCCUGCUUGGUCAGCUGCCGUCAUCCUUCAUUCAGCCUGAAUCAGACUGCACUGCCAGAGGGCCAGCAACAUUCCCAGGUGAAGGGCCAGCUGACCACUCACUUGCCCCUAUACCCUGGAAGGAUCUGACUCAGGCAUCCUGAGCGUAUGGGAAACAUGGAGCCAGGGAGGGAAGGUGUCAGAUGGAUAGCCCUGGUGCUAGGACUUAAUCCAGGCCCAACAGGUAGGGCCAGGCCAGGCUCCAUCUUGGUCAUCCCAGCUGGGACUGGCCUCACGGAGAGGCCUACAGGGCACUGGUACUGAGGCAAGAGGCAGCUUCUGGUCUUAAGGCACCAAGACAGCAUGCAGGGGGGUAAGUGGAGGGAGCUUUCUGGCCAUUGACUGAGGCCUGGGUCUGUGGGAGACUGGGCAGCCAAGCAUGGCUACAGGCAGGCCCAGCCCCUCUGCCUGGGAAGAGCUGGCUGGAGGAAGGAGAUGGACUUGGGAUGUUGUUGCCUCUGGCUUUUUCUCAGUUGAGCCUGAUCCUAAGAGACUCCCACUUAGCCAGCUCCCCUAGGGUCUAACUACUAUGCAGGGGCCAGAGUAUGCCAAGGAUAUAGGUUAUUGAUCCCACUGCCCAAUCUCCAGAAGCUAGGCUAUCCCAGCAUGUCCCACUCAACCAACCCUGGGCCUUUUGUUCCCUUCCUGCCAGCAGCUGGGAGCUCUGGCUUUAGAGCACCUUUGUCACUAGGCUGCAAAAUAGCCAACCCCCUCCAAUUCCCCACCCAUAGAACAAAAGAGCCACCAGAUGGCAGUGGGGUCCUCCAUAGCCCUGUGGUUCCUCUGAGCAGUUCUGAUCCCACUCUUUCCUGGACUGCCCUUCUGUCCUAGAAGGGUCACCCUGACCUGGCAGUCCCUGCUGCUGGUCUUAGAACCCCAGUCCUGAUGGGGCCUGGCCACGCUGGCUCUGCCCCUUGAUGGGGCUGUGAGCAAGGUAGAAAGGAGCUGGUCUUCUUUCUUUGGGUCCACCCUGGACCCAAGCACCCCCCUCAUCCCUGUUAGGGCCCUAGGCCUUCAGUCCUUAGCUUGGGGGAUAUAUGGUUUGACUCAAGCCCAGGAGCAGAGGAAUAGGGCACUGGAAGGUGACAUUAGCUCAGCAUGUGAUUUGGUGAUAGACCAGGCUUGGAAGGGCCAGUAUACUUUUCGUUGUUGUUGGUUUAUUGUUGCACAUUCCAGGAUAUCAGUAUUUUAACAGGUUCUAAGUGCCUUUCUAUUGUAGCUUAUGUUUUUCCUCCUCUUGGCUCCAUUGCUGUUAGCAUAGAGUUUAAAAAAGAGAUAAGCUAAUGACUAUAACAAUAUAUUCCUCCAUGUGAGAGGAAGUUUAUAAAGAAACAAUAAAAGUGAGUUGCAAAGAUG